CACAGGCAGGACAAGCUCACAACAAGCUCAGCAGUUGGCUCAGAUUCUUCUCUUGAUGUAACAAAAGGGUUUCUGCAUAUGCUUGAGGAAUUACAGGUAUCAUUGAAAAUGAGUGAGACACCUUCUACUACCUUCUCCAUGGUUCAUCUGACUUCUUCUGAAGGUCAAGUUCAUUCCCCUCGCCAUUCAAACGUCACUCAUCCUGUAGUGGCCAAACGCAUCAGCUUCUACAAGAGCGGAGACCCCCAGUUUGGCGGUGUGAAGGUGGUGGUCAAUCCUCGUUCCUUUAAGACCUUCGACGCUUUGCUGGACAAUUUAUCCAGAAAGGUGCCCCUGCCCUUUGGGGUGAGGAAUAUCAGCACGCCCCGUGGAAGGCACAGCAUCACCAGGCUGGAGGAGCUGGAGGAUGGAGAGUCCUAUCUGUGCUCCCACAAUAGGAAGGUGCUUCCAGUUGACCUGGACAAGGCUCGCCGACGUCCCCGGCCCUGGCUCAGUAGCCGCUCUAUAAGUACUCACGUGCACCUCAGCUCUGCUGCUGCUGUGUCCACCACCGCUCCUGGCAUGCUCCGUGCUCCGAGGAGGCUCGUGGUCUUCCGGAAUGGUGACCCAAAGACCAGGCGUGUGGUCCUUCUCAGCCGGAGGGUUACUCAGAGCUUCGAGGCCUUUCUGCAGUACCUGACACAGGUCAUGCAGUGUCCGGUGGCCAAACUGUAUGCCACGGAUGGAAGAAAAGUUCCUAGUCUCCAGGCAGUGAUACUGAGCUCAGGAGCUGUGGUGGCAGCCGGAAGGGAGCCAUUUAAACCAGGAAAUUAUGACAUCCAAAAGUACUUGCUUCCUGCUAAGUUACCAGGGAUCUCUCAUCGUGUGCACCGGAAGGGUAAAGCUACGUUAGAAAAAAGAAAGAGUGGAAACUGGAAGGUUUCAGUAACCACGAGUGGCUUUCCAAAUGCAGGGACCAGCUCACAGGUUUAUAUUGUAUUAUAUGGACAAUGUAGAAGCUCAGUGCCUAUAUAUCUUUAUGGAAGAGAUGGGGCUCGGUUUCAGGACGGACAUGAAGACAUCUUUACUAUCACAGUUGGGGAUAUAGGAAAGCCAUUUAAGAUUCGUAUUGGCCACACUAAUUCUGGAUGCUCCCCUUCCUGGCACUGUAAGGGGAUAGAAUUGCAAAACAUGAAUUCUGGAGAAAAGUUUUAUAUUCCUGUUCAACGAUGGCUGGCACAGGAGCAAGAAGAUGGAGAAAUCUGCAGAGAAUUCCCAAUUUUAAGUAAAGGACAACCUGUCCUUCCAGUGACUAAAUAUGAGGUGUAUAUUACAACAGGUGAGCUCUGGAAUGCUGGAACUGUAGCAAAUGUCUACCUUUCUGUCUAUGGGGAAAAAGGAGAUACAGGAUCCAGGAAACUCUCUAGAUCAAAGAGCACUUUAAUGUUUUUAAGAGGACAAAUUGAUACCUUCUUCCUAGAGGCUGUAAAUCUUGGAAAUUUAUGCAAGAUUGUAAUAGGCCAUGAUGGACUUGGCCCAGGAAAUGGCUGGUUUCUUGAGGAUAUUGUGAUCAGAGAUCCCACUACCAACAAUGAGUAUGCCUUCUUCUGUCAUAGAUGGCUGGAUGAAGGAGAAGGUGACGGUAAAAUUGUCAGAGAAAUGUAUGCUAAGGAUAACACUAUCUUCUCUGUGAGGAAGAAGCUAGAACUUAAGAUAAAAGAAACAUGGGCAGCCGAGAGCUGGAAGUUCAUGAAAGGAAAUACUCUUCAGUUCUACAGCAAGCUUACUGGAGGGUUUGUCCGCCUGCAUCCAGAUGGUACAGUUGAUGCUGUUGGAGAGCAGACAGACAGAUAUGGUCUCUUUGAUGUGAUUUUCAACAAGGGGAAUUUAUGUAUUUUCCAAAGCCGUGAGAUGAGGCAUCUCUCCCUUGCCUUUGACAAUGGCAGUGCAGCUGGAAUGGCUAGUGGAGGAGCCCUCACCGAGCUGCGGGUGCUUUAUCAGCCCAACCGCUGUGCACUUCUUGAAUCAGCGCUGUGUCCUGGUCACACCCUGGUUGUUGAUCGUCAUGGAAAAGUAGCUGAUGAGUCAUCUGCAGGCUAUGCAGAGCUUUCCAAAGAAUUCUUGGUUUUUGUUAAGGGCGUAUUCCUCAACAGUGCUGUGGUUAUACUAGCUACAAGCUUGUGUCAGGCCCUGUGUCUACAGCCCAGUGGGACCUGCACUGGAGCAGGGAACCAGUCAGAACAAUCACACUGGAGAGUGCACAGAGUCAGCUCUGGCAUUUGCAUGUUUGAAAGUGUGAAAAACGCACGGAUGUAUCUGAGGAUUAAGGAUGGGCACUGUAAUGGAACAGGCACUGGAGAUACUGACUGUCAUUUUAAAAUCAAGAGGAACCUGGAAAAUGCAUCUAUAAGUCUGGAAUCUUUGAAGAGCCCAGGACUGUUUGUUGGACUUCAACCAGAUGGACAGGCAAAACCAGUCAUUUAUACUAAAGAUGAGAACGUUUGCUUCUACCCACGUGUCAUCCAGUUUGGCAGAGAAAACCCAAUGGGAAUGUCUGCAACACCCAGCCAAGGGGAAGACAAGAUCCAUCUGUCAAAACACCAGAAAGAAACACCAUUAGAAUCCAAGGCCAGACACCCCUCACCGUUGUUCUCAGAAAAAGAAAGCAGGCAUUCCCACAGUACUGAGACUCUUCUGUCAGAAGGUGAAUGGAAGGUGCUAGUGGUGACUGGAGAUACAGGGACACAGGCCAAUGUCACACUCUGGGUGUAUGGAGAUGAAGGAGUCACUGGACCAAUCAGUCUUACCAAGGACAGCCCAGAGCAGCUCUUCCUUCCAGGACAGAAGGAUGAGUUUCAGGUUGUUCUGAGCAGCAUUGGAGAAAUAUACAAGAUCAGGAUAGGUCAUGAUGGAACAAGUGGGCAGCCAGAGUGGAGCUUGCAGAGGGUAACAAUGGAACAUAUGAAGAGCAAGAAGACCCUAAAUUUUGUUGCAAAUGUGUGGCUGUCUCGGAAUCAGGCAGAUGGGGACAUUGUCUGUGAGCUUCCUGUAAUGAAAGAAGGAGGGCCUGUUUUUCCAUUAGUGAGAUACCACGUUGAUGUGUAUACUGGGCAGUUGAAACAAGCAGGAACAGAGUCUGAAGUCUCCCUCUGUCUCUAUGGGGAAAGGGGAGACUCUGGCCUUCGACUGCUGCACAGAUCCAAUAUGCCAAUGCGGUUUCAAAGAGGACAGAUUGAUACAUUUCAGAUAGAAGCAGUGUCUCUUGGAAACCUGCAGAAGGUGCUGUUGCACUGUGAGGCUAGUGACAAAGCCCAGUACUGGUACUGUGAGAAGGUCAUCGUCAAAGAUCCAGGCACUGCAUUAGAAUCCAUCUUCACCUGUGAAAGAUGGAUUCCCUUCAUGUCUCAAGGUUCAAUGCAUUCAGAAAUUGAACUUUAUUGUCAAGGUGAGGAUUAAGAAAACUGGCAGUAGAAGAAGGCACAAGAGGCUUUUGUUACAACUGGACAUCAUGGAAGAUGACCUCCCAAUUGUCCCAGAAUGUCCCCGUUGCUAGUGUGACAUGGACAGAUAUUCCAAUGUUCCGUACAGAGGAAAUACAAAUAUGUGGAAGUGUGUCUUGGUGAUGUUUUAUGCACCCCCAUACAGUGUUAGGAAUCAGCUGAAGGAUUUCUCACUGUUAAAGAGUUUGAACUCACCCUAUUUGUUGUUUCUCUCACUUAUAAUGUAAUCAAACAGAUCUAAUAUUAACUUUACUUCACUUUUACUUUUGCAGAAAUGCAAAUAAAUCAUCCUCCUAAAAUACAAGAGGAAGCAAAUGGUAAA